CUCGUGAAUCCGCUCCCGUGCUCCACUGGCACUCUUCUGGAACCCUCACCCGCCCCCCUCUCGUUAAUCCGAGCGAUUUUUCUCUCUUUGCUUAGCCCAAAUCACGUCGUCUUCCUGCAAAUCCUGCUUCGAUCCUGCGGGCGUGGUAGGGUUCGUGGGGGGAGUUUGGCCUUGGAGUUGUCCUGCCCAAUUCGGGGGCGGUUUGCUGGGAGUUAGCUGUCGCCCGGGUUGAGGUGAUCUGAUCCGGCGGCGUGCUGCGGGAGGGAGGUGGGAGUGGUCUCCGUUGGUUUUGGGAGUGGGUGAGUAGAGAGCUAUGUGGAUUGAGGAGUCGCCGGAUUGAGCAUGAGGGGUGGGGUUGCUGGUGGUGGUGGUGGUGGUGGUGGCGGCGGCGGCGGCGGUGUGGGUGGCCUGGAUGAUGGGAUCACCCGAGGGGCGGCUAGUGGAGCUGUUUGGUGCUGUGAAGUCGUGGAUGCCGCGGCGGGGAGAUCACUCGCCGCCGCCGCCGCAGGCGGGUGUGGGUGGUGGUGCGGCAUCGCCGCAGCCACAUGACCUGUCGCGGGACUUCUGGAUGCCGGACCAGAGCUGCCGCGUUUGCUACGACUGCGACGCGCAGUUCACCAUACUGAACCGGCGCCACCACUGCCGCCACUGCGGCCGCGUGUUCUGCGCGCGGUGCACGGCCAACUCCGUGCCGCGUGCGCCGGGGGACGCGGCGCGGGAGGACGGCGAGCGGAUCAGGGUCUGCAAUUACUGCUUCAGGCGCUGGCUGGAGGAGGAGGCGGCCGCUCGGAGGGAUGUGGCACAUCCGUCCAGCCCUGUGCUGAGCACGUCGCCGUCUGCCGUGAGCGUCGGGAGCGAGAAGUCCGGUUCGACUGGGCGUAGCAGCACCGGGACGAACGGGCAGAUGUCGUCUUACACGAACUUCAGCUACACAGACUUCCCAUCCGUGCCGGUCGACGGCCAGGGAGAGUGCUGCGAGCGGGACGGCUGUGCGGAGAAGCAGCUGCCUGCAAUGGAGCCGGCCGGGGGCGUGGAGCCUGCGACUUAUGUGGACAACACAUCGGAUCCAUACAGUUUUUGCUUGCAUAGGAGUGAUGAUGAGGAUGAUGAUUAUGAACUUUUUCAGUCAGAUUCGAAAGUGCAACACUUGCAAAAUUCUGAUGAAUACUUCAAAACUGUGUGUUUUGAUUCUCACCAAGUUGAUUCUAGUGAUGUAAAAGAAUCUGUAUCCCCAAGGCAAGAUACAGAAAAUUUUAUUGAUUCUGUGGGAAUAGAUAAGAUUGGAGAUCACAUCAUUGAUAUCUGCAAUACUCGAUCUUCUUCCUUGUAUAGCAUGGAAGUGCAAGAAAAUGAGCCUGUAGAUUUUGAAAACAACAUCUCACUUUGGGUGCCUCCUGAACCUGAGGAUGAAGAGGAUGACCAUGAUGGUGCUUUAUGUGAUGAGGAUGAUGGGGAGGAUGCCACUGGAGAGUGGGGAUAUCUACGCUCAAACAGUUUUGGUAGCGGACAUUGUCGAAGUAGAGAUAAAUCAGCUGAGGAACACAAGCGAGCCAUGAAAGACAUUGUUGAUGGGCAUUUUCGAGCAUUGGUUGCUCAACUUCUUCAGGCGGAAAAGGUACCAUUGGCUGAUAAAUCUGGCAAAGAGAGUUGGCUAGAUAUAGUUACUUCUUUGUCUUGGGAAGCUGCAUCUCUUCUAAAACCAGAUACCAGCAAAGGGGGACGGAUGGAUCCUGGUGGCUAUGUGAAGGUGAAAUGCUUGGCUUGUGGUCGUCCAAGUGAUAGUUUUGUUGUAAAAGGAGUUGUUUGUAAGAAGAAUGUUGCUCAUCGGCGCAUGGCAUCAAGAAAAGAAAAGCCACGCAUCCUGAUCCUUGGUGGUGCACUUGAAUAUCAACGCAUAUCAAAUUUGCUUUCUAGUUUUGAUACUUUACUGCAGCAGGAAACAGAUUAUUUGAAAAUGGCAGUUGCAAAGAUCAAAGCCCACCAACCAAGUGUAGUAUUGGUAGAGAAAUCUGUGUCUCGAUAUGCUCAGGACUUAUUUUUGGAGAAAAACAUUUCCCUUGUUCUGAAUAUCAAAAGACCACUUCUGGAAAGGAUAUCACGUUGCACUGGUGCUCAUAUAGUCCCGUCAAUUGAUUAUUUGUCAUCCCAAAAGCUUGGGCAUUGUGAUUUAUUCCAUGUGGAGAAAUAUGUUGAAGAGCAUGGGACUGCUGGAGAAGGUGGGAAGAAAAUGUUGAAGACCCUUAUGUUUUUUGAAGGCUGCCCGAAGCCUUUGGGUUGCACAAUAUUGCUCAAAGGAGCUGAUGGUGACGAGCUGAAAAAAGUUAAGCAUGUUGUGCAAUAUGGAGUUUUUGCAGCCUAUCACUUGGCCCUGGAAACAUCCUUUCUUGUGGAUGAAGGUGCAACCCUUCCAGAGCUCCCUCUUAAGUCACCAAUUAUUGUUGCUUUGCCAGAUAAACCUUCUAGCGCAGAUAGAUCCAUUUCGACGAUACCUGUUGUACAAAUGCCUACUGCUUCAUCACAAAACAAUGGUUUGGCAUUAAAUGGUUUUCGAACUAUGGACCAAACAAUAGUAACAUGCUCUCCUGAGUAUAAAAGAUGCAAAAGACUGGGAGCUGGUUCUAUGGAACCUGAAUCUGCUCAUUUCAUCAGCCAGGACAAAACCAUUGCAUGUUUGCAUGGUAUGGUCCCUCAGUCGUCUACUGAUCCCUUGGUUCAGCAGUCAAACAGUUCAUUUUGUCAUUGCCCUUCUUGUGCUAGAGAUGUAGUUAAUGAAAUACAUUUUGAAGAACAUCAACGUGAAACGUCUGGACAUACCCUGGAUAAUGAUUUCAAUGCAUUGUCUGCACAUCGAAGAAAUUUGGGGUCUGCUGAGAGUGGCUAUUUAUUUAUGUAUAAUUCUGAGAGUGGCGACAAGAUAGCAGCUAAAUUGUCUGUUCCUCUCAAUGUGCAAAUUUCUCAUGAUGACGACAGUUCAAAGGAUGAUUCAGUAAUAAAAAAAGACGAAAUUCCAGCAUCUCCUGCUGACAAUCAGAGUAUAUUGGUUUCUCUGUCCUCUCGUUGUGUUUGGAAAGAAACUGUUUGUGAGCGGCCACACCUUCUCCGCAUAAAAUAUUAUGGAAACUUUGACAAACCUUUAGGAAGAUUUCUACGUGACCAACUCUUUGAUCAGAACAAUAAUUGUAUCUCUUGUGAGUUGCCACCAGAGGCCCAUGUUUAUUGCUAUGUCCACCCACAAGGCAGCUUAACAAUUUCAGUGAGGAAACUUGCAGCGAAGUUGCCUGGUGAACAUGAUGGUAAAAUAUGGAUGUGGCAUAGAUGCUUACGGUGUCCUCGUGUUAAUGGACUACCUCCUGCAACUAAAAGAGUUGUGAUGUCUGAUGCUGCCUGGGGCCUGUCCUUUGGAAAAUUUCUGGAACUUAGUUUCUCAAAUCAUGCAGCAGCUAGUAGGGUAGCUAGUUGCGGCCACUCUCUUCACCGGGAUUGUCUUCGUUUUUAUGGCUUUGGUGAAAUGGUUGCUUGCUUCCGAUAUGCAUCGAUCAUGGUUCAUUCGGUGUAUUUGCCACCACCCAAACUUGAUUUCACUUCCCAGCACCAGGAAUGGGUAGAGCAAGAAGCAAAUGAGGUGGUUGACUCAGCUGAACUUCUGUUCACCGAAGUACUGAAUGCACUCCACCAAAUUUCAGAGGGAAGGCCAAUUACAGGUUCUUUUGAUGGCAACAUGAAGAUCCUCGAGUUAAGAAGGAACAUUAUGGAGCUGGAAGAGAUCCUGCAAAUAGAGAAAGCAGAUUUUACGGAAUCAUUAAAAAAUCUACUGAAAAAGGAGAUCAGAAAGGGGCAGCCGUUCAUUGAUAUUCUUGAGGUUAACAAACUAAGGAGACAGCUACUGUUUCUGUGUUACCUGUGGGAUCAGCGGUUAAUCUUUAUAGCAAAUUCAGGUGGCAAGUACUGUGACACGCUAGGAGGUUUGCAGGUUGGAAGUAGGAGUUCUGACUCUAACGAUAAAUCAGUUGGUACAAGUGCAAGUACAAAACUAGAGAAGGCCCCAAAGGGCCCUGAAGUUCUUUCAAAUUCUAAGGAUGGAUCCUUAAAUCAGAGCUCAGGCCCACUUCAUGCGAAUGACGAGGAACCGAACAGUUCAAGAAUUGUUUCAGGGUUGAAUGGUAUGGAAGAUACCAUAGCCAAAAUCAAUCAUUCUAAUAGCGCAGAUGUUAAAGAUAACCUGGAUCAUCAAGAAUCUAAUAUUGGUGUUCGUAGGGUUUUUUCUGAUGGGCAAUUCCCAGUAAAUGCUGAUAUUUCAGACACAUUGGAUGCAAAAUGGAGAGGAGAAAAUGGAACAGUUCCUGAUACAAGCAUCCUGAAACCACUAGCUCUGCUUGAAGGUACAGCUGAUCUUAAAAAUCAAGCUAAGGCAGUAGCAGCCCAAUCUUCUUUAUCUGUCAGGUCUGGAGAUACAGUAGAAGACUUAUCAAGCUGGCUUAAAAUGCCAUACAUGAAAUUCUAUGACUCCUUAAACAGAAAUUCUGGUACAGCACCAAAAUUUGGGGCCCUGGCUGACUACAGUCCUGUGUAUAUUACAUUGUUUCGUGAGUUGUCACAGCAAGGUGGAGCAAGACUUUUUCUGCCAACUGGAGCUAAUGAUAUUGUUAUUCCAGUAUUUGAUGAUGAGCCAACCAGUAUAAUUUCUUAUGCACUUAUUUCACCCAUGUACUGCUUCCAAACGUUGGAUGAGAGCAACAAGAAUAAAGAUGGUGCAGAUUCUAUGCUUUCAUUGCCUGUAUAUGAUUCUGGAAAUUUUAAUCCUUUUCAUUUGUUUGAGGAUUUUGGAUCCACUGACGAUUUCACUUCAUCAAUAUCUGGAACUAGAGGGUCAUUUGUUCCCGACCUAAUUCACCUAAGAGUUUCCUUUGAAGAUGGUGGCCCACUCGGGAAAGUGAAAUACACGGUGACAUGCUACUAUGCAAAAAGCUUUGAAGCUCUCAGAAGGUCUUGCUGUCCAUCUGAGGUCGACUUUUUAAGAUCUAUCAGUCGAUGCAAGAAAUGGGGAGCACAAGGUGGCAAAAGCAAUGUGUUCUUUGCAAAAUCUUUGGAUGAUAGGUUUAUAAUAAAGCAGGUCACGAAGACAGAGCUUGAAUCAUUCCUUAAGUUUGGCCUAGACUAUUUCAAAUAUUUGUCAGAGUCCAUAAGCACCGGAAGCCCCACAUGCCUUGCAAAGAUUUUGGGAAUUUAUCAGGUUACAAUUAAGCAUGUCAAGGGUGGCAAGGAGUCAAAAAUGGAUUUACUUGUGAUGGAAAAUCUUUUAUUUGGACGGAAUAUUACAAGGCUCUAUGAUCUCAAGGGAUCUUCUAGGUCAAGGUAUAAUGCUGAUUCCAGCAGCAACAAGGUUCUUCUUGACCAGAACUUGAUCGAGGCAAUGCCAACGUCACCAAUUUUUGUUGGGAACAAGGCAAAGAGGCUUCUGGAAAGAGCUGUUUGGAAUGAUACUUCCUUUCUGGCAGGAAUUGAUGUGAUGGAUUAUUCAUUGCUUGUGGGAGUUGACGAGGAGAAACAUGAAUUGGUCCUGGGAAUAAUUGAUUUUAUGAGGCAGUAUACAUGGGACAAGCAUCUCGAGACAUGGGUCAAAUCGUCUGGUAUUCUUGGCGGGCCGAAGAAUGCCCCUCCAACUGUAAUUUCACCGAUGCAGUAUAAGAAGCGGUUUAGAAAAGCCAUGUCUGCGUAUUUUAUUGUAAUUCCUGAGCAAUGGAUGCCUGCAAUAAUCAAUCCGAGCAAAUCAUCAGUAAACAUUUGCGAAGAAGAUCCUCAAAAUGCUUCACAAGAGUAGUACAAUGUUCAGUUCAUUAUACCGGGCAGAGGGUGCCUGGUUUGCUUUUGAUCCAAUCAAAAGCGCUAAACUGAUCGGUCUGGAAUCUGGAUGCUGCGGCAUCAAUGUGAUCUUCCUACUUGGAGACUUAUUCGCACAGAUCCGAUUGCAGUGGAGUCCUGGCUCAACAAUCAUCGGGGUGUAUAUAUUCUUGAAACUGUAAUUAUGCAUUAGUUUUUUCUUUUUGAUCUGUCUUUCAAAAUGUCAUCGCUUCUCUGUAGUUCCCAUUCCAUUUUUGGUUGGAUGUAAUAGAAGUGGGGCAUUUUUUUGUAAGUGUUCGUUGUAUAUUGUUACAUGUAUGUCAUGUUAUUUAUUUGGGGGCUAUUGCCGUCUGUAAUAACAAAUAAAGUAGUUCAUGCAAAUGUCCUAUGUCCAAACUGACAUAAACACAA